GUAUAAACAGUAAUGUGCACACUGCAGUGUGAACGAUUUUUGUGAAGCCCGGAAGAGAUGCGAGGCAAUAUGUGCCGCCUGCGAGACGGCAUGGGACGGUCGCUGGAAUAUACUGGCUGCACGCUGCUACACAGCUCUGCAGCCUGCAGCCAAUGGGUCUCAGUGGCUGUAACAAUCUAUACAUCAACCUGUGACGACGAUGAUGGUGAUCACUUCGAAGACUGCACAAUUGGCGCACAAAUUGUCGCUCCACCAUCAUAGAUGUCCAUUCGCUACACAAAUGACACGAAGGAGGAUUUUUCACUCUUUGCUCCUUCACAAGGCCAGCCAAAAUGGUUAGUACUUGACCCUCUUGACGAUCCGAACCAUUUGCUCCUGUGUCGUGGGCCGGUGUCCUUUUCUUCCAGUCAAAAGACAGACAGCUCGACGACGACGGACUCCUUUCUUCAACUUCAACAGCCCUUUCCAGGGUCUCUGUGCUGUGCUGUCAGCCUCUCCCAUUGGCACGACCCGACUCGACUCAACCCAGCCGACGCGGCGUGCUUCUUUUGCGUCCCAUUCUUGGUACUUGCUGCUAUUGCUUUCACUUCAGCAGCAGCUCCGCUGCCCUUUCCUUACGGGGCGUCCGUAUUCGGAGUCUGUGAGCACGUCGGCUGUCUGUCUCAGCGUCCUACACAGGCUUUUCGUCUCUCGUGCCAUCAGAGCCACCAGCCUGCGCUCCGCUGUCGCCGACUUCGAUUCCGGCUAAGCGUACGGACUCACAUGCGCGUGCCGCUUGUCCUUAGCCCUUAUCCUUCAUUCGACGGUGAAGAUCACCUCGAUCCACGCGCGUCCGCAUUCACUCACGCCAGCCAACGGCCACAGCCUUGCGUGCGCUUUGCAGGUCAUCACAGGUGCACAAGCUUUCAGCGCCGUAUGAACAUUGCAUUGCUAUCAUUCUAUUAUCCGCUUUGUGAGUGCGCAUGCCUAUCGCCCCUAUGUUUGCUUCUCAAUGUGGUCGGCUUGCCACGGCUUGCUUUCCGCUGCGAGCGUAAUUUCAAGCCAGACCGUCGGUCAUCUCCAUGUCUAGCAGAGGCACCUGCAAACCACCACUACCUUCCCCACCAUUAUCCCCAUCACACAUCUUUAUAUAUCGGCUGAUCACCAUCGACCAUCAUCGCUGACCCUAUUGUCUCUGUAUCAUCUUAACCCUCUUUCCGUCCUCACCAUCUCUCCACGACUCCCUUUCGACACACUCCUCACGCUCCUGU